AUGUGGGGUACGAGGCGCAGAUUCUUAAUCGUCCUGCUCUUCUCGACUGCUUUUACGAUCGACCUGCUCUUCAACAUCUUACCAAAGUUACAGCAGCGGUCGAUUGGGAACCUGCGCUGCCCGUGUGAGGAGUCUCUCAACAGCAGUGCUGUUCUGCGGGGCUCCCCGCCCCUCGACACAACUCUCUCCAAACUCCGCCAACUCUUCUCGCACCCUUUGUACCGGGAACAGAAGGUCGCCCGGGGAACUGGGGAGCCCCUCGUAGAAAAGGACGAUGCUGUGAAAUAUUGCAAUUACAAAGCGAAAGCGGCGAAUAGGAGAAGAGCACGAAGAGGGGACACAGGAACAAAGUACCACUCCCGGGUUUACCUGGCUUCUAAUUGGCUGAAGUUUCACUUAGCAAUUGAUAGCUAUGGAUUGUACCCUCGACUGGAAACAUUUAUUGAUGACCUGCUUGAAGACCUGGCUGUUGUUGACAUCAGUGAAGUUGAUUACACGUACGAUGAAAAGGCUUUGAAUGGCAGAUGCAAUUGUAAAGAAGUUGUGAAGCCAAGUGGGGUUCAUCUGAAACUGCUCCUAAAAUUUCAGAAUUUCGGCAAAGCAAUAUUCAAGCCUAUGAGGCAGAAACGAGAGGACGAAACUCCAGCAGAUGUAUUUUAUUUUGUUGACAUUCAAAGACAUAAUGCUGAAAUAGCUGCUUUUCACCUGGACAGAAUUCUUGAUUUCCGGCGUGUUCCACCAGUGGCUGGCCGAAAGCUUAACCUAAGUAAAGAAGUCAGAGACCUGACUAGAAAUGAAGAUUUGAAAGGCACCUUUUUCAUCUCACCAGACAACAAUGUAUGUUUCUUUGCAAGAUGCCUGUACUCGUGUAAGACAGAGUAUGCAGUCUGUGGGAAACCUCACCUACUGGAAGGGUCAGUGUCUGCCUUUCUGCCUGACCUCCACAUUGCCCAGCGGGAACUCAUUGAGAACCCGUGGAGCAGAUCCUACACGUUUGCUGAUAAAAAGGAGUGGGAAACCAAUCCAAAUUAUUGUGAAAAGAUCAAACGUACUCCUCCUUACAACACGGGUAGCAGAUUAUUGAAUGUUAUUGACAUGGCGAUAUUUGACUUUUUAACAGGAAAUAUGGAUCGACAUCACUUUGAGGUCUUCACAAAGUUUGGAAAGGAUGGCUACAUCAUCCACUUUGACAAUGCCAGAGGGUUUGGUAAACACUCACAUGAUGAACUCUCCAUCCUUGCCCCGCUCAUUCAGUGCUGCAGAAUAAAGAAGUCCACACUCUUACGUUUGAAGCUGUUGUCACAGCCAGAUUAUCGAUUGAGUGAUGUUAUGCGGGAAUCCUUGCUUCAUGAUGCUCUCAGCCCAGUGUUGACAGAACCUCACCUCCUUGCCCUUGACAGGAGGCUGCAGGCUGUGCUGAAGGCAGUUCAGAAAUGUUUGCAGCAACACGGAUUCGAUGAUGUGAUCAAGGACGAUGUGGGAGAUGAGUUUGACUACAUGGAUUUUAACAGCAAUGCAGUAGCCAGAUAA